CUCGCCGGCAGCCCCCGGCCCAGGCCUCGCGAGGGUCCCGGCAGCCGCCCCACUGGACACGGGCCGCGGCCCGGUUCCCUGAGCGGCCGGCAUGAACCGCAAGAAGCUGCAGAAGCUGACGGACUCCUUAACUAAAAAUUGCAAGCACUUUAAUAAAUUUGAAGUGAAAUGCCUUAUCAAUCUUUUCUGUAACUUGGUGGGUGAUGUGACAGAGCGGCAGGGUUUGGCCGUCGGGCUGGAUCGGAACGCCUUUCGGAACAUCCUGCACGUGACAUUUGGGAUGACAGACGACAUGAUCAUGGACAGAGUAUUCCGAGCAUUUGACAAAGACAAUGAUGGUUGCAUAACUGUAUCAGAGUGGGUUUAUGGAUUAUCAGUGUUUCUUCGAGGAACUCUGGAAGAGAAAAUGAAAUAUUGCUUUGACGUGUUUGACUUGAACGGUGACGGCUUCAUCUCGAAGGAGGAGAUGUUCCACAUGCUGAAGGAUAGCCUCCUGAAGCAGCCGUCCGAGGAGGACCCCGACGAAGGGAUCAAAGACCUGGUGGAAAUAACCCUGAAGAAAAUGGACCACGACCACGACGGGAAGCUGUCCUUCGCAGACUAUGAACAGGCUGUGAGGGAGGAGACUCUUCUGCUGGAAGCGUUUGGACCGUGUCUUCCUGACCCAAAGAGCCAGAAAGAAUUUGAAGCCCAAGUAUUCAAAGAUCCAAACGAGUUCAACGAGGUGUGAAUUCCUAAAUGUCUUGUUGUCUCAAGUGAGUAGAAAAGGAGUCUCA